AUGCAUUUCCUUAAGACGCUGGUGGUCUCCUUGCUACCUAUAGCUGCUCUAGGUGCCAAAAAACCCGCAGUCGAUAACUUUGAACGAUACCAUACCAAAUCUCUCUCUUCUACCCCAUUGAAGCUCGACGAUAAUGUAUAUGCCAAAUUGACCACUGCUCCAAGGGACUACUCCGUAGCCGUGUUGUUGACGGCUUUGGAAACUAGAUUCGGAUGCCAAUUAUGUCGUGAAUUUCAACCAGAAUGGGAUCUAUUGUCAAAGGGUUGGACAAAAGGGGAUAAGCAAGGGGAAUCCCGCUUGCUCUUCGGGACGCUUGACUUUAUGGAUGGCAAAGCCACUUUCCAAUCUCUUAAUCUGCAAACUGCUCCCGUACUUCUACUCUUUCUACCUACCGUUGGCCCUCAUGCCUCGACAAUCAAUGGCCCGAAUCGACCAGAUGGGCUUCUAUCCUUUGCAACAAUUUCUUUGGCUCUCAAAGUUCCCCGCAUUGCAGAUCCGAAGAUUCAGCAAGUCGCGGUCCUCGUAUGGAGUGGAGUCAUCUUCGUUAUGUACAGCUUUUUGCUCAGCGUUUUCCGUAUCAAGAACGGUGGAUAUCCAUUCUGGCUCCCACCUUUCAGCUGA